AUGCGUACCUCCUUCUUCAAGGCCGCAACCUUUGCCCUUCUCGGGCUUGGUAACGUUUUUCCUGGUGUUCUAGGUGCCCCGACUUCCAAUGAGGUCGAAGAGCGCUCCGAUACACUGAUGGCUAGGGCCAAGCAAGUACCUGAUAUAACCAAGCAGGGAUACACGGUCAAUGAUGGCAUGGGUUUACCAAGCAAGAAGCUCUACACGGUCACUACCAAGAACUACAAUGGUAAUCUCGAUCUGAUCCGAGUCCAGCCCGCUGAUAAGCUGGUUGCCGUCGAGGACGCCAACAACUCGGCUGACAAGACUGAAAACCGAGCCAAGCUCCGCGACAUCGUCAUGUACGUGUACUCGAAGAAGGGAAACCUAAAGCCAGAGGAGAUCCAAAAGGUCCGCUUCGAUGUUGUCGUGGAGAAGGCCACCAACGCUGCUAUUAAGGCUGCCUACGAGAAGCUGGGCAAGACCACCGGCGACUUCACCGUCAAGAGCAGCGACAGCGGCCAUAAUAAGGAAGUCUUCACUAGCCUCUCCGGUACCCCCUUCGGCAAGAUCGCUAGCAGCUACCACACCGACUAUAACGCAGGCCAGAUCAAGGAGAUCAAGAUCGAAGGCAGCCCAACCCGCCCUAACAUGGAGGUCCACCUGGGAUAA